GUUCAAAGCAAUGGCCCUGCCAAUGGCGUCGGACGCUGUAAACGCAGUCGCGUUCGAUUACGCAGCUCUGCAUUGCUUGUCAAACGUGCAGUGCGCAAUUGUGAGGUCCGUGCCAUUUUUGGUUCACGCCGGCUUGACUGCAGAGUGGUCGUUCCUCGGCCGAUCGGUAAAUGUAGGGAGGCAGCGCGAAUCGAACCUGAGGCAAUGGCACCGCACGCGCGGCACAUUAUCUGCUGCGUGUUGGGAUUGUCAGCGCCCGUGUCUUCCACACGCACAGCUGUCGAGAGGCGUACGCUGCUGUCUGCAUGGUCUGCCGAGGCCGACGGAAUAGCAUCGGACUCAACAGGACCAACCCCGAUCCAGCGCGUGACGAAGCUGCUCGAGGAGAUGAAGGCCGAGCUGAGCAAGGAGGCGCAGGAGGACAGCGACACAUAUGCCAAGCUGAGCUGCUGGUGCGACGGCAACGAGAAGGCCAAGGCGAAGGCCAUAGAUGACGCCGAUGCCACUAUGAAUGAGCUAAUGUCGCAGGUAGAAUCGCUCAGCGCCAGGAACGCAGACUCCGGCGCGAAGAUUGAUCAGUUGAAGAAGGACAUCGGGAAGAAGGGGGAGGCGCUCAAGGCGCUCGUGGCUAUUCGCGAGAAGGAGCACGCGGAGUUCGACAAGGGCGAGGUCGAGCUCGCGCAGUCGGUGCAGAUCCUCAAGGCCGCCAUCGCCGUGCUGAGCAAGCGCCAGGCGGGCCUCCUCCAGGUCUCGCCGGCCGUGGAGGCCAGCAUCAGCAGCGGUCUCCGCUGGGUGGCGCUCCGACGCGCCGAGCUCGACGACGCGCGCCGCGGCGCUCCGGGCAGCGGGAAGGCCUCCAGGACGGAGGCGGCGCUCUUGGCCACGGCGGCCGGGUCGGGAGCUGCCUCCACCGACCAGGUCGUCGCGCUCGAGGCGCUGCGGGCGCCCGGGAGCGGCAGCGCGCCGCUGCCUGUGGAGUACGCGCUGCGGGUGCUGUCGUCGGCGGCGUCGGGCGCGCCGUCGUCGCUGCUGCAGCAGGCCCGCCCUGGGGCAGUCGCCUUCGAUGGCGGACAGGUUUCCGUUAUGACGUGUUUCGCCCGCCGUGAGGAGUUCCAGCUGGACAUGAGCGAGGCACAGAAGGCCGAGCUCAAGGCGCGGGAAGAGUUCGAGGCGUUGAAGGCAGCCUCCGAGGACGAGCUCGCCGCCCACAAGGCCACGCUCGACGAUCUGGAGGCGGAGCUCAGCACCAACGUCAAGGGCCUGUCUGACGCGAAGGAGGACCUCGGGCUCACAAGACAGCAGCGGUCCGAGGACGUCGAGUUCCUGAGGAACCUGAAGCUGCAGUGCCAGGACCUCGACCACGAGUACGAGCAGCGGAGCAGGGCCCGCGGUGAGGAGAUCCAGGCCGUCGCCGAUGCCAUCGCCAUCCUCGCGGAGGACGGCAGCCGCGAGCUGCUGCUGCGCAAGUUCGGCACGGGCGGCGCCUCGCUGCUGCAGAGGCGGCGCGCGGGCGGCGCGGCCGCGCGGGCGCGACGCGGCCGCGCGGCCGCGGUGCUGCUGCGGGCCGCGAGGCAGGCGCGGCGGUCGCCCGCAGCGUACCAGGUGUGGCGCAGCUCCGAGGAGAAGCCGCACGACCAGCUCGCCGCCGUGGCGGUGCAGGUCCAGCUCGACGCGUUCGCGCAGGUGAAGAAGGCGAUCGACGACAUGGUGGCCUCCCUGAAGACGGAGCAGUCCCAGGAGGUCAAGAAGAAGGCUUACUGCACGGCCGAGCUGGGCGAGAACGAGAAGCAGACCUACAAGACGGGGCGUCUGGCCGAGGACCUGAAGGACAAGGUCGCCGAGCUCGCAGACACCAUCCAGAAGCUUGAGGACGGCAUCGCCGCCGCCCAGGCCGAGAUUGCCAGACUUGCCGUCGAGGUGAAGAAGGCCAGCGAGGCUCGGCAGAAGGAGAACCUCGAGUUCCAGAGCGAGGUCACGGACCAGCGUGCCGUUCAGACCAUCCUGAGGAAGGUCAUCGACCGCCUCACGCAGGUCUUCAAGAAGCGGGAGGGAGUCGCGGCGCUGCAGGACGCGCAGACGCCGCCGGCUCAGUUCCAGCCCUACAAGCAGCACCAGGGAGGCUCCAAGGUGGUGGCCCUGAUAUCAACGAUCGUGGAGGACUCGGCGGCAGUGGAGAAGGAGAGGCGAUGGCGUCCGAGCAGGCGGCGCAGAAGGCCUAUGAGUCGUUCGUGAACGACUCCACGGCCUCCACCAAGAGUCUGAGGCAAUCGCGUCCAAGACCAAGACAAGGGCCGCCGCGGCGGAGGAGAAGGCCGACGUGGCCUCGCGGCUCGCGAGCGCGCGGGGGGUGCUCGAGGAUCUGGCCCAGCAGCUGGCCGACCUCCGCGCGGAGUGCGACUUCCUGCUGCAGAACUUCGACGUCCGGCAGGACUCGGACGCCAGGCUGAAGGAGAUCGAGGCGCUGGGGCAGGCGAAGGGAUACCUGUCGGGCAUGGUGGACGACGACCCGCUGGAAUGAGCGGGGCAGCUCGGUGCCAGUGGGCGCGUCAAGCAAGGAGCUGGCCUACCAACUGGUGUUAAGUCGGGCCUGUCCCUCUACAGAAGGAAUGCUCAA